CAAUCGUUAGGAAUCUUUCGAAAUACAAUUAAUUUCAAUAACUUGUAACUUGUUCGCAUCAAAAGCAAAAUAUUUUCUAAAGUUUAUUUUGCUGUGAAAGAAAAUUAACGCCAGAACUAAAUUCAAUACAAAAUGCCCGAGUUGUCCCAGGAAGCUAAGGAGCGUUUGAUGAUUGUUCUCAACGUGGUCCAAAAGGCAAUCCACUGGGGAUUUGUGCCUCUUGUGGUGUAUCUGGGUUACCGCAAGGGUCCAGAACCAGGCAUGCCGCCACUAACCCUAAUGAACAUUUUUGGGUUCUAGAAACUAAACUCAAUAUGCUCGCAGAUACCUACCAAGCAAAACCCUUUAAGCACACUCAAAAGUACACUCUUAAAUGCAACCUUAGACACACUUCAAAAUUCUGAUACAAUGCUCUCUAACACUAUUUGAAAACUCUCCUCAACACACACUCGAGAUUUGAGACUGAGACAUCCAGUGCGUGCAAAUAAAAUGUCUUCCCAAUAUCUCAA